GUCUCAAUCUCCCAAAAACGCUGGGAUUAUAGGCGUGAGCCACCGCGCCCUGCCUGCACUUUACUUUCAAAUGAUCCAGUGAGAAUGGAAAAGUUUGGGCACUUUGAGAGAAAGAGAACACAAGCAAAUUUGGCAACAUGCUGAGACUUACUGAAUCAAGCUUGGCUUGUGGAGAUGUUGAAGGAAAGUUUGAUAUUUUGUUCAAUAGAGUUCGAGCAAUUCAGAAGAAAAGUGGAAACUUUGAUCUGCUGUUGUGUGUAGGAAAUUUCUUUGGCUCCACCCCAGAUGCUGAAUGGGAGGAGUAUAAGACUGGCAUCAAGAAAGCUCCUAUUCAGACAUAUGUGCUUGGUGCCAAUAACCAGGAAACAGUAAAAUAUUUCCAGGAUGCUGAUGGAUGUGAAUUAGCUGAAAACAUUACUUAUCUGGGUCGUAAAGGUAUCUUCACUGGAAGCUCGGGGCUGCAGAUUGUGUACCUCAGUGGCACAGAGUCCUUGAAUGAGCCAGUACCAGGUUAUAAUUUUAGUCCCAAGGAUGUGUCUUCUCUGAGAACGAUGCUGUGUACAACCUCCCAGUUUAAGGGUGUUGAUAUCUUGCUCACAUCCCCGUGGCCCAAGUAUGUGGGGAACUUUGGGAAUUCUUCUGGAGAAGUGGAUACCAAAAAAUGUGGUUCUGCUUUAGUUUCCAGUCUUGCCAUGGGCUUGAAACCAAGAUAUCAUUUUGCUGCUUUAGAAAAGACCUAUUAUGAGAGGCUUCCAUAUCGAAACCAUAUCGUUCUACAGGAAAAUGCACAGCAUGCCACCCGGUUUAUAGCUCUGGCAAAUGUUGGAAAUCCAGAAAAGAAAAAGUAUCUUUAUGCAUUCAGUAUUGUUCCCAUGAAGCUAAUGGAUGCAGCAGAACUGGUAAAACAGCCUCCGGAUGUCACUGAAAACCCUUACAGAAAAUCUGGGCAGGAAGCAUCCAUAGGAAAGCAAAUUCCUGCCCCUGUGGAAGAAUCAGCCUGUCAGUUUUUCUUUGAUUUAAAUGAAAAGCAGGGAAGGAAGCGUUCAUCCACAGGUAGAGAUAGCAAAUCUUCUCCUCACCCAAAGCAGCCUCGCAAACCUCCUCAGCCUCCAGGACCCUGCUGGUUUUGCCUUGCUAGCCCUGAAGUGGAAAAGCAUUUGGUGGUCAGCAUCGGCACACAUUGCUACCUCGCCCUGGCCAAAGGAGGCUUAUCUGAUGACCAUGUCCUCAUCCUGCCCAUUGGACACUACCAGUCAGUGGUGGAGCUUUCAGCAGAGGUGGUAGAAGAGGUGGAGAAGUAUAAGGCCACACUGAGACGGUUCUUUAAGAGUCGAGGGAAACGGUGUGUUGUAUUUGAGAGAAAUUAUAAGAGCCAUCACCUCCAGCUACAGGUCAUUCCUGUCCCAGUCAGCUGCUGUGCUACUGAUGACAUUAAAGAUGCCUUCAUUACCCAGGCCCAGGAGCAGCAGAUAGAGCUGUUGGAAAUCCCAGAGCACUCUGACAUCAAGCAGAUUGCACAGCCAGGAACAGCAUAUUUUUAUGUUGAACUUGACACAGGAGAAAAGCUUUUCCACAGAAUUAAAAAGAAUUUUCCUUUGCAGUUUGGAAGGGAGGUCCUGGCCAGUGAAGCCAUCCUUAAUAUUCCUGGUAAGUCUGACUGGAGGCAGUGUCAGAUCAGCAAGGAAGACGAGGAGACCCUGGCUCGCCGCUUCCGGAAAGACUUUGAGCCCUAUGACUUUACUCUGGAUGACUAAACAAAGGGAAGACCUUUUUAUGAACUUCAUAGGAAGUAGUAAAGCCUUUUUGUUUUUUUUUUAAUUAAAAGAAUUUUUUUCAAGACAAGGUCUCGCUCUGUCACCCAAGCAGGACUGCAGUGGCGCAAUUGUGGCUCACUGUAGCCUCAAACUCCUGGGCUCUAGAGUUCUUCCCACCUCAGCCUCCUGAGUAGCUGGGACCACCAGGCACAUGCUACCAUGCCUGGCAAACUUUUUAAAUUUUGGGGUAGAGGGUAGAGACGGGGGUCUCCCUGUGUUGCCCAGGCUGGUCUGUAAUGCCUAGGCUCAAGGGAUCCUCUGCCUUGGCUUCUUAACCUGCUGGGAUUACAAGCAUGAGCCACCAUUCCUGGCCUAGAAGCAUAUUUUUAAAGAAACUACAAUCUCCCAUGGGGACUGUUUCCCCGCGUCUUUUGUGCAGUCCCAUGGAACUUGCCUGCAGCAAGAGGCCUAAGAUUGAAUCUUUUUGGGGAAAAGUCAUUCUAGGAUGAAAAUCCUAUGUUAAGGCUGGGCGUGGUGGCUCACGCUUAUAAUCCCAGCACUUUGGGAGGCUGAGGCGGGCAGAUCACAAGGUCAAGAGAUGGAGACCAUCCUGGCCAACAUGGUGAAACCCCGUCUCUACUAACAAUACAAAAAUC